AUGUAUAUGCAAAUAACAGAGCCCCAGGCUCUGCAGAAUAGUCAUGUUGAGAUGGACCCUGAUGGGCAACCCAUAAUUGCUGGUGACUAUUCGCUUUUGAGUCCAUAUGGAAACGGUGUUGAGGGUGUUUCCCCGCAAAAGGCUGCUCUACAUACACCCGAAAUAACCCUCUGCCCUCGUACCAGAGGCGAUUCACCUCUUAUCCCUGGUGGUGUGAACAAGCCUGCGGUGAGGAAGGCGGCAAAAAAGAAGCGAGUUUCCAAGCUUCUCAAUAAUCACGAUCACGUCGUUGAUCGUCCCCUGAGCGAACUGACCAGAGAUAUGAAAAUUCCGGUGCGAGAUAUGGAAGCGCAUGUAAUGCGAUCCUCAGAACAACGUCGAAAGGAGGUUGAGAAUAAAAAGGGUAAAGUUUCCCGACCGAUGAAUUCAUUUAUCCUGUAUCGCGCAGCAUAUGCGGAAAGAACAAAGGGGUGGAUCUGCCAGAACAACCAUCAAGUUGUCUCGCAAAUAUCUGGCUCUAGCUGGUCUCUGGAACCAAAGGAAAUCAGAGAAUACUAUGAGCGGCUAGCCAUCAUCGAUAGAGAGAACCACGAUAAAGCCCACCCGACUUACAAGUUCGCACCAAACAAAAGGACAAACACUCGGAAGAAGCGAAACAUUUCUUCGUUGAAAGAAGAAGACAAUAGCGACAUCAAUGACCAAGGCUUCGGCAUGGGAUCAUACCCGAAAACCGGGAAGCAUAUGUCCGGGGGUUCGUUUCAUGGUAGUAGCUUCCAAAGCCGCACUCCCACCCCUUUGGACCGAGAUAGCUCGUACGACAGCCGUCAGGGAACACCAUUCGAGCGAAAUGGGGAUAUGUAUGCCAACAGUGACGUGAACAGAUCAUCAUGGGAGAUGUCAAACCCUGGCAGACCUCUUCCCGGCAUGAUAUCGCCUCCAGAGCAGACCCAUUAUUAUCAGCCAUCUAUCCACCAAAGCAUGCUAGGCCCCAAUAUUGAAGACGUGACCUUCAAGAAGAUGGGUGUUCCAGGCAUACCAUAUGACGGACAGGGAGCUUUGGCUGGCCUUCCUGGUAAUGCACAUUCUGACCUGCUCCAACAGCAACUGCUUCCACAAACAGGAUCUCCUGCCUCCCUCAACGACAUGCAAGUCGACCCACAGCUUAUGGAAUUUGAAAGCCAACAUGGUCUACCAUAUAACGACGGAGCUAGCUACCAUGUCCAGUUGGAUAUGUGGCACAUGCCCAAUGGACAGCAACAGCAUGUUAGCCCUAGCCUUUCCAGUCAAAAAGAUGAACGAUAUCAGCAGCAAUACGCCUUCCAUCCUAGCAUGCAACAAAGCAUGGAUGGUCGUGACAUGUGGAAUGAAAUCCAGGUUGAGACUGGGAGUCAAUUCGAAGACUGGAUUGGUUCUGGGGCUUCAUUUGAGUGCGGCGGUAAUGGCCAGCAGAAACAUCUGUGA